CCACCCAGCCUCUCCAUAACCUGGAAAUAAAGUGACGCGUAAAUAAAAUAAAUAACGCUGCUGCCGCUGUAAAUAGACUCCGACGUAGCAAACCUGCGUUUCGCACAGGAGCAGCACUGACAGAUGUGGUCUUUGAUAAUGACCGUCAGCCGGCCAGGGCUGAGUGCUAUCGGCUGUAGCUGUCACCUCCAUUCCAUCGGACGCCCUCAGCUCCAGUGACCUGGAUGUGAAAGUGGAAUAAAGGCCGUAUCUCGCUUUAUUUGACACACCGCAACAACCCUGCGAUACAAACGGGGAUGGUUCCAGUAACAGCGGGGUAGCGAGCUCACUUCAUCAGCCGGUGAUUUUAUGUUUUUCUCCUCGGAACAUAACACAUCGUGAAAGAAAAUGUGCGGACUCGGGAGGAGCAUUUUCGUCCGGCUAAAUUAGUUGUCUUGGUUGGGAAUAAUGGAGAACAGGUGCCAAAAGGAGCAGGAAACAAUGUUGUUAUUAGCCAGUUAGCUAACGUUAGCUGAGCUAGCUGUUAGUUAACGUUAACUACAUCAAAUUAGUGGGCUGAGUUAGCCGAGCUAACUCAGCCCACUAAUUCAAAUAGGCACGCACAUUAUACUUCUUUAUUUGCUGCCUAACGUUAGCCACUGACUAUUUUCUUAGUGACCGUUUUUUUCAGUGAAACACUUUGAGCGUUUUCCCAUUUUCUGCCGUUAACUAAGGUGUCUUAGCUAGCCAGCUAACCAGUUCACUACAGUCUACUCUGGUGUCACUGCAAUCUGUUGGCUGCACAAGUCAUAUUGCAAACAUAGCUUUACUACUGUUUAAUUUCCAAGCGAACGACAACCAUGGCUCAAGAAGCGUUUCCUCUGCAUUUUCUGGUGUGGAACAAUCAAUACCUGGAGCUUGAUCGAGAGCUGCAGAAGAAAGAGCAGGAUGUGGAGCGCCUGGAUCCGAGAGGGCGCACCCCGAUGGAGCUGUCUGUGUGUCUGGGCCACCUGGAGUCCACCAGGGUGCUGCUCAGGCACUCUGCAGACCCCACACACAACAACGCACAGGGCUGGACCAUCUUGCAGGAGGCGGUGAGCACCGGGGACCCUGAGCUUGUUCAGCUGGUACUUCAGUACAGAGACUAUAAACGUGCCACUGAGAGACUGGCGGGCAUCCCAGAGCUGCUCAGCAAACUAAGACAGGCACGGGAUUUCUAUGUGGAGAUGAAGUGGGAGUUCACCAGUUGGGUGCCCUUGGUGUCGAAGGUGUGUCCCAGCGAUGUCUACCGGGUGUGGAAGAGUGGCUCGUGCCUCCGUGUGGACACUACCCUUCUGGGCUUCGAACACAUGACCUGGCUGAAAGGACGACGCAGCUAUAUCUUCAAGGGCGGGGAUGAAGGUGCCGUGGUGAUGGAGGUGGACCAUGAGAAGCAGGUGGUGUACACAGAGCCACUUGUGUUGUCUCCCCGAGAUGCGCCUUCCCUCCUGGCAGCCAUGCAGCCGUCACAGGAGAACACAGCCCAGAGACUUACAUCACCCAUCGUCUCCACACACCUCAACACACGCAACAUUGCCUUCGAACGGAACAAGUCUGGAAUCUGGGGCUGGCGCUCUGAGAAGAGUGAGGUGGUCAGUGGGUACGAAGCCAAGGUUUACAGUGCCACCAAUGUAGAGCUGGUGACUCGGUCAAGGACAGAGCAUCUUUCAGACCAGGAUAAGUCGAGGAGCAAAGGCUCAAAGACUCCUCUGCAGUCCUUCCUGGGGAUUGCUGAACAACAUACAGCUCACAAUGGGAGUAAUGUGUCCCAGUGCGCUAGUCCUCACAACCCCACAGCCAUCACAUCUGAGGAGUACUUCAACCCGGAGUUCAACCUGAACGGCCGAGACAUCGGACGUCCCGUCGAGCUCACCAGCAAAGUCCAGAGGUUUAAAGCGACACUGUGGCUAAGUGAGAGUCACCCUCUAUCCCUGGCCGAGCAGGUGACGCCCAUCAUCGACCUCAUGGCCAUCUCCAACGCCCACUUUGCCAAGCUACGUGACUUCAUCACCCUGCGCCUGCCGCCAGGCUUCCCUGUCAAGAUAGAGAUUCCCCUGUUUCACGUGCUGAAUGCCCGGGUGACGUUCAGUAACCUGUGCGGCUGCGACGAGCCGGUCAGCUCUGUGACGGUUCACACACCAGAGAGCUCCGAAGAAGCUGGUCAGGCACCCCCACCCUUCCACUGCGAGGUGGACCCCUCAGUGUUUGAGCCUCCCGCAGACUACACCACCCUUGGUCCAGGCCGCAGCGAGCCAAUGAGGGACGAGGACGAUAACCUGCUGCAGUUUGCCAUCCAGCAGAGCCUGCUGGACGCUGGCACAGAGAGUGACCAGGUGACCAUCUGGGAGGCUCUGACCAAUAGCCGCCCGGUGCUCCAGUCUCCACUGUAUGAGGAAGACUCUCAGCUGGAGAGGGCGAUCCAGGAGUCUCUGUCCAUCUCGCUGGCCAGCAGAGAGAGAGAAGACACAGCCGACCCCAGCCAGCCGCCUUCUGUGUCCCCGUCGGACCCCACCCCCACCGCCAACUCCCCGCUCUCCUACAGCACAGUGACCGACCCGCAGUUAUCUGGGCACUUCGGUGUGGCGUCAAGCUUCGACGAGCAGCUGCGUAUCGCCAUGGAGAUGUCGUGCCGGGAGCAGGAGGAGCUGGACAGGAAGCAGAAAGAGGAAGAGGAUGAGCUGGAGAGGAUCCUGCAGCUGUCACUCACCGAGAAGUAAUGUCACAACAACAACUACAGUGGAAGCGCGUCUUCAUUGGGGAACAAUCUUCUUAAUUUAUUCUGUUUUUAUUUUUUAAAUCCUUGAAAUGUUAAGUUAUUACAGAUUACAGAUUUUAUUUGUCUUUCUCACACGGAGGCUGCUACAACAGAGUGUAAAGGACCAGAAUAUAAGAGGUGUGAGGGAUUAAUUAGACGGUACUCUAAAACACACUACAGUGAUGGAGGAGACAAAAGGGAGUCUUUGUUCUUCUUUUUUUUUUAUUGAAUAUUUUUCACAGUCUUGCUGUCUUUAUUGAGUGAUGAAUGAUCCUUGAACUUUAAACCUAUAACAUGUUCCAUGAUAAUGAUGAAAAAUAAGAAAACACAAUCUUAAUGGAAUAACUUAUAAAAAAAAUAUGAUUAUAACAUUUAAAACAUUUAUGUUGGCUUACUCCUGUGUGUGAAAAAUAAAGAAUAAUGAUCAUCCUGGA